GAAUCCUCAUUAUACCGUCUGGGCGAAUCAGCUGUGGGCGUCGUUUUUACACUAUUUAGUAAUCCUGAUGUUCUUUGGCUGAAAACGACGGAGAUACGACCAUAAACACAUAUGCUGUCUGUCAUGCGUGGAAGGGUUCCAAGUGGCUCUGAACCACUUGUUCGCACGCGGAAGUGUGUGUUCACUUCGAAAAGUGAGAAGGUGCCCCGAUUAAAAUUCGUAAAAUGUGGAUCAUUGUAGCAAUCAUUUGUGCUGCUCUAGCUGCAUUACUAUACAAAUAUGUGUUCCGUACAUCGGGACCAAAUCCUUUCGAUAUCGACACUCGUGAGCCGCUUAAACCACUGGUCACCCAAAAGAAGGAGAAAAACAAAGUUCUGAAGCAGGGUUUCUUGGCCAGUAAAGUACCUGAGAAACUAGAUGCCAUUGUCAUUGGCAGUGGAAUUGGUGGUCUUGGGGUGGCGGUGCUGCUGGCUAAGGUUGGAAAGCGGGUCCUGGUUCUGGAGCAACAUGAUCGGGCCGGAGGCUGCUGCCACACCUUCACAGAGAAAGGCUUUGAGUUUGACGUGGGUAUCCACUACAUCGGGGACCUGUUGGAGCAUAAGCCCUUCCGCUGUAUGCUUGACCAGCUGACCAAUGGUCAGCUGCAGUGGGAGCCACUUGACAACCCCUUUGACCAGGUGGUGUUGGGCCCUCCUGGAAACAGGCGCACCUACCCCAUCUACAGUGGCAGGAACCGUUUCCCUGACGAGCUGAAGAAGUUAUUUCCUGGGGAGGAGGCGGCCAUCGAUGAGUACAUGAGGCUGGUCAAGAAAGCAGGACACAACAUUUGGUUCCUGGGUCUGCUGAAGCUCAUUCCUGUCCCCCUGGCCAAGUUCCUGGUGUACACAGGCCUGGCCAAUCGUCUGUCAUUCUUCUUCCGCAUGGCGUCUCGCAGCGUGACAGAGGUGGUCAACGAGCUGACUAAGAACAAUGACCUCAGGGUCAUCUUCAGCUACAUUUUUGGCACUUACGGUAACAUGCCCAAGGAUGCCAGCUUCUCCAUGCACAGCCUGAUGGUCUGCCACUACCUGACUGGUGCCUGGUACCCAAUAGGAGGAGCCAGUGAGAUCGCCUAUCACAUGAUCCCUAUCGUUGAGAAAGCCGGGGGGGCCGUACUCGUCCGCGCCCCAGUCAACCGCAUCCUGUUCAACGACAACAAGGAGGCUAUUGGUGUGAGCGUCAUGAAGGGUCAGGAGGAGAUCCAUGUGCAUGCUCCAAUGGUCAUCUCCAACGCCGGCAUCUUCAACACCUAUCAGCAGCUGCUGCCUAAGGAACUCCAGGACAUGCCAGCCAUCCAGAAGCAGCUUGGUAUGAUGAAAAACGGGGCGGGAGGUCUGAGCAUCUUCCUGGGCCUGACUGGAACCAAGGAGGACCUGGGCCUCAAAGCAGAUAACUACUGGAUCUUCACAGAGCACAACAUGGAUGAACUGGUUGAGACCUAUCUGAAGGGUAACAGGGAGGAGUCAGCGAAAAGUGUUCCCAUCCUCUUUGUUGGCUCUCCAUCAGCCAAAGAUCCCACCUGGGAGGAACGAUCACCAGGCAAGUCCACCCUGAGUCUGGUGAGCUUUGCUAACUAUGAGUGGUUUGAGGAGUGGAAGGAUGACAAGGUGACGAACAGAGGGACUGAUUACAAGGAGCUGAAGCAGAUCUUCUGUGACUCGAUUCUGGAGGUGGUGAUGAGCGUCUUCCCCAAGAUUACCAGGGACAAGGUUGAGUUCAUCGAGGCUGGAACACCCAUAACAAACACACACUACAUUGGAGCCCCAAAAGGGGAGAUCUAUGGAGCAGACCAUGGCACAGCUCGUUUCAGCGCUGAGUGCAAUGCCACCGUGAGGCCCCAGACACCCCUGAAGAACCUCUACCUCACAGGUCAGGAUGUGUUUGUGUGUGGCUUUGCUGGUGCACUGGCUGGGGCUCUGACCUGUGGUUCUGUCAUCCUCAACCGUAACCUGCACCUGGAUGCCAUCGCUCUGGCCAAGAAGACCAAACGUGUCGACACUAAGAAGUUGAAGUAGAACGCUACUGACCACCUCCCUCAACCCGUUGUUGCGCCGGGUGAAGUUUCCCUUAAGUACAGAUCUAGGAUCAACUUCCUCUCCCCAAAUCCACAUUAGUGGGGGAAAAUACCCAGGAUCAGCGUCUAGGGGCAACUUCACCCUACUCCAUCCAACUCACCAAAGCUACAAUAGUACAAGCGCAGGGACAGGCUUCAAUCUCUGGUCCUACAGUGAAAAGAUGCCUCAAGAUUGUUACUGUGUGUUUGAGUGUGUAACUAUUCUUAUCAAUAAGUGUAGAGAACUCUGCUCUCUCUCACUGUUAAGGGAAAACAAAUUUGAAAGUCGAGGAAUCUUUCAAUCAAAUGUAUUUUAUAAAGCCCUUCUUACAUCAGCUGAUGUCCCAAAGUGCUGUACAGAAACCCAGCCUAAAACACCAAACAGCAAGCAAUGCAGGUGUUGAAGCACGGUGGCUAGGAAAACCUCCCUACAAAGGCCUGAACCUAUGAAGAAACCUAGCGAGGAACCAUGAUAUGAGGGGUGGCCAGUCAUCUUCUAGCUGUGCCUGGUGAAGAGUUAUUAAAAAAACAUGAGCUGGCGCACACCCAGAAAAAAAUGUGUUGGUGUGGAGGUUCUGACUAACAGCAUAUAAACUCCCAGCAAUUUAAUGGAUAUUUACCAACGUUUCGGCAUCACUGUGCCUUCCUCAGGGUAGGAAGGCACAGAAACUGUUAAAAAUAAUAAUUAAGUUUAUGGCAUAGUACAUAUAUUACGCUAUUAUCAUAUAGAAACAUAAUUGAAUAUUAUACAUAUUAGAAUCAACAUACAUUAUUGUUGAAUUCAAAUUCACAUUGUUUUGUAUUUCAUAUUUGUUACAUGUAAUCUUUUGGUUCAUCUUAAUGUAUAAUGAGCGUCAUCAACAGGGGGAACAUAUUAGGUGUAUGGGGGGGGGGGGGAGGGGAGCCCAUGGCUACACUGAAUUUGAAGGAAAAAGUCUUAACUCAAAGACAAAGUAGUUAUUGGAUAAUACCGGUUCAGUAAGAUGCAAUCAUUGGAUGGAGCAAGGGUAGGGUCUCUCUGCUGGAGGAAGUGUUGCAGCGCCUGCAAGCCUCCAGUGUGUGGGAUCUUAGUGUACAAGCUCUCCACAUCAAAAGUGGCCAGCAGGGUGCCCUCUAGUAUCCUUCCUAAGCCCUCUAUCAAUGAGAUCAUGUGACUAGUGUCUUUGACGUAAGAUGGGAGAUUCUCACAGAAGAGAUUAUAACAGAAAAUUGCCAAGAUGUUCAUUGAUGACCAGCAGGGUCAGAUAAUAAUCACUGGUUUUAGAGGGUGCAACAGGUCAAUACCUCAGGGG